AUUUAAUCGAAAUAAAAUGGAAGAGACAUUACAGGACUUGAUUGUCAGUAUCCCUCCUCCUUAUGUGACGGCUAAGUGCUGGGGCGUCCUUGAUGGAGACGAUGGUUCCCUCCUAUUCGGCAGAAAUGAGCAUGUCCCUAGAGAGAUGGCCAGCAUUACAAAAAUCAUGACCUCUUAUUUAGUGUAUAGAAUUAUGAAGAGGUUUAAAAUAAAUCCUAAGAAGGAAAUGAUCACUGUAUCUAAAUAUGCAAGUGGGAUCACUGGUACUACAGCCAAACUGAAGGAAGGUGAUAUACUCAGUGUUUACGACAUGCUUCAUGGCUUAUUACUACCUAGUGGAAAUGAUGCAGCCACUGCACUAGCAGAGCACUUUGCAGUUAUAAUUAAAGAAGACAGGGAAAAACAGGCUAUCAGCUCCAAAAAUCCUCGACUGGCAAAGCAGAAUUCAAAGGGAGAGUGGGAAUUCAAUAAGAUGAUAUACGGGCACUCAGGAAUUGAUAACAAGAAGGCAGUUAAAUCGAGAAAUCUUGUCAAACUAUUCGUAGAGGAAAUGAAUAAAACUGCAGUCUUACUUGAAAUGCAUAAUACUUCAUAUUCUAAUCCUCAUGGAAUGUGAGUCAUUGGGAACAGCUCUACAAUCUCUGAUAUAGGAAUAUAAUAUCCUCACAAGCAAUGAAGAUUAGCCUCAUCAGACAUAUUGUAAAAUAAGACGAAAUUUGUAUGUGAAGGAAAGAACAGCAAAGGGCUGACCAGAAACCAUAAGUGGUCAAACACCAACAAAAUGAUUAAUAAAGAUCCACAUUAUAAUGGGCUUAAGACUGGAACGACCCGCUCUGCAGGGGCAUGCUUGGUUGCUAAUUACGAGACAGAUUGAUUGAACCUCAUUAUUAUCACUCUCAACAGUUCUAAUGAUUCCAGAAGAUGGCAAGACACAGCUAAGCUCACCGAGUGGGCAAUAGAUAGACUUAACUCAGUAGAAGAGUAUCUCGAGUCUGUUAAGAUGAACGAAUAAAGAGCUGGAUAGAUCUCAAAUUCUAUGUAUAACAACUU